UCCAGCAGGGCUCUGGGGACCCCAGAUGGACACUGCUAUGGAAGCCGACCUGGGUGCCUCCACCGGCCACAGGCCCCGAAUGGAGCUGGACGACGAGGACUCCUACCCCCAGGGUGGUUGGGACACAGUCUUCCUGGUGGCUCUACUGCUCCUUGGGCUGCCAGCCAAUGGGCUGAUGGCAUGGCUGGCCGGCUCCCAGGCCCGGCACGGAGCGGGCACGCGUCUGGCGCUGCUCCUGCUCAGCCUGGCCCUCUCUGACUUCUUGUUCCUGGUGGCAGCGGCCUUUCAGAUCCUGGAGAUCCAGCAUGGAGGCCACUGGCCACUGGGGACAGCUGCCUGCCGCUUCUACUACUUCCUGUGGGGCGUAUCGUACACCUCUGGCCUCUUCCUGCUGGCCGCCCUCAGCCUGGACCGCUGCCUGCUGGCGCUGUGCCCACAUUGGUACCCUAGGCACCGCCCUGCCCGCUUGCCCCUCUGGGUCUGUGCCGGGGUCUGGGUGCUGGCCACGCUCUUCAGCGUACCCUGGCUGGUCUUCCCCGAGGCCACAGUCUGGUGGUACGACCUAGUCAUUUGUCUGGACUUCUGGGACAGUGAGGAGCUGCCGCUGCGGAUGCUGGAGGUCCUGGGGGGCUUCCUGCCUUUCCUCCUGCUGCUGGUCUGCCACGUGCUCACCCAGGCCUCGGCCUGUCACACCUGCCGCCGCCAACCGCAGCCCACAGCCUGCCAGGGCUUUGCCCGUGUGGCCAGGACCAUUCUGUCAGCCUACGUGGUCCUGCGGCUGCCCUACCAGCUGGCCCAGCUGCUCUAUCUGGCUUUCCUAUGGGACAUCUACCCUGGCUACCUGCUCUGGGAGGCCCUGGUCUACUCCGAUUACCUGAUCCUGCUUAACAGCUGCCUCAGCCCCUUCCUCUGCCUCAUGGCCAGCGCUGACCUCCAGGCCCUGCUGCGCUCCGUGCUCUCGUCCUUCGCAGCAGCUCUCUGCGAGGAACGGCCGGGCAGCUUCACACCGGCUGAGCCACAGACCCAGCUGGACUCUGAGGGCCCAGCUCUGCCAGGGCCGACAGUGGAGGCCCAGCCACAGAUGGAUCUUGUGGCCCAGCCUCAGGUGAACCCCACAGCCCAGCCACGAUUGGAUCCCACAGCCCAGCCACGAUCAGAUCCCACAGCCCAGCCACAAUCAGAUCCCACAGCCCAGGCACAGCUGAACCCCACAGCCCAGCCACAGUCAGAUUCUGUGACCCAGCCACAGUCAGACACUGAGGCCCAGACCCCUGGACCCGCUGCCAGUUCUGUGCCCAGUCCCUGUGACGAAGCCUCCCCAGCCCCAUCCUCCCAUCCCACCCUAGGGGGCCCGGAGAACCCAGCCCCUCCUCCUGCUUCUGAAGGAGAAAUCCCCAGUGGCACCCCGCCAGAGGGGGCCCCAGGCACAGGCCCCACGUGA